AUGCAUUCAACACUAUUAUUACUAUCGAUAUACACAAUAGGAACGCUUGCUACUCCAGUAGAUUAUCCUAUUAAAGUCGAUCUUCCAGUAUAUGAAGAUCCGGACGCAUUUAAAGGGCCAUCUGAUGUUCAUCUAGCUGAACCCCUAUUACCUGAAAAUCAUCCUGGAGUUGACACGCUACACAAUAAUAAACCUAAUUUAGUGGAUCAUAAAAUAGGAGCGGCAAACGAUAUACUUAAUUACAAAACCCGAUUGGGGUAUGGAACUAAGAUUGAAGGUGCAUUGCUGGAAUCUGAAGGAUUCGGAAGUAAAGUGCUUUCUGUCAACGAAGGCGUUCAGCAUGUUGCCGCUGGUAUUUUACAGCCGAAGCCGAUAGUGGAUACAAUACGGGAAGAGGAGAAGUACGGAAAUACAGGUGAUAAAUUUUAUAACACUGGUCGAGCCAUUGUCGGCGGUGCGGAGCGGAUAUCGAACUUCAUCAAUUCAUUGAUUGCGAUACCAGGAUCCCUGUUGAACACUAUAACUCGAUCCGCAUCCGAAAAACUGAAUCAAUUUGGUGGAAAACUUGUUGGUUUAUAG